AUGGCGUCACCGCUCAUUCUGUUGAUGUAUGCGAUUGUCGGACCAUUUACGGUUUUAAAACUUUAUGCUAAAAAUCUCAUGUACUAUGCUUAUGAAAAUGAUAUUCUCCUUAAAAUGUCAGCUUCAAUCAUUAGUUUAGCACUUGGCGCUCAAGUAUGUUAUAGAUAUCAUUGCCAACAUACGCUCGUUUGGUUAACAAGUGGCUUAUCGAUUUUUCUUCUCAACUAUUGGUACAUAAUACCAUUUCUACUCAUCUAUAUUCUACCUAUUAUAAAUAAAUCAGUUAAAUAUUGGUUUAAAAUUGUCGCCUUUUUCUCUGACCAAAUUCUUCGACCACAAAGUACAAAACUUCGUCAAAUACUACCAUCAACGUGGACAUUUCAAUCGAAUCAAAAACUAUGGCCCAUUGAAAGUAUUCAUAUGAUGUUAAAAUAUGGUUCAAUAGGCCCAGCAAUUUUUUGUGGCUAUGAAAUAUAUUCAUAUUUAUUCUUUGGCAUUAGUUUUAAUUCAUGCAUUGCAAUAACUACAAUAAUUCUUGUAACGACAACAUUAUGGCAUAUACUUGAAGCCAUCGAUCGGGAUCUUCAUCCGUUUAUAUUUGCAAUUAUAAUACAAUAUUAUAUAGCGCCAAUAAAAUCAUUUUUAAAUAUUCCGUUAACACUUUUAUUGACAACAUUUUUAUUUCCAUUAUUGAACAAUCUUUUAACAUGUAAUUCAGUUCAACAAUUUAUACAUAACAUGACAUUAUUAAAUUUUCGAGCAUUUUUUGAAUCAAAUAAUUACUAUAAACGAUUUUAUUGCGAAGCUGUUAAUUUAUUUAUCACAUUCUAUUUGAUAUAUCAUGUUUUUAUGGCUUGUUUAAGCGAUAAUGUUUCUUGGAUAUUAACAAUAGCAAUGAUAAAUUUUCUAUUUAUUUAUCUAUAUUCAAAUUUAACAUAUUUAAUAUCGUUUCAGCCGAGCAUGAUUAUGUUUUUAUUUUCAUUAAUCAUUCUCAGUAAAUCGAUUGUUUAUCAACGUAUUGACGAUCAUUUCAUUUCGAAAUUUUUCCUUUUAACUAUGAACUUAACAUUCUAUUUCGCUUUGAUCUAUCCAUUGUUAUAUCAUGUACUACGCCGUUCAACUAUUAAGUCCUGCAAUCGUAUUGGAUCAAAAUUACAAGUACUUCGAGAAACAAUCAACCAGAAAAUAUCUCAAUUUAUUAAAACAUAUUUUAGUAUCACAUAUAUUCAUGAACCGACUAAAUGUUUUAUAUUACAUUUAUGCAACAUGUUAAUCACCAUUUGCCUUCUAACAAUACGUCCAUUAGAUAUUUUCUUACGUUUAAUACUAUCUCUAUUGAGUUAUUUACUUAUCGGCCGAUUAUUAUUAACACAUGGGUUAGAAAGUCUAAGAAUGUUAACAUCCUUAUGUACAAGUAUAAUAGUUAGCGUUUAUGUUUAUGCUUGCUAUAACAACUAUUUCUUACUACCAAUCUCAACUGCAAUGAUAACAUUCAUAUGUACAUUAGUAAUUAUAUUCCCGAUGAUUUAUCGUUUCGUACAACUUCUAUUCGUUCAUCUACCUCUAGUAAAUUAUCUUGAUAAUCUUCUGCAAAUUUUAUUUGCUUUUUCAUGGUCCUAUUUUGAUUUUGUUUGGCUGCAUAUUAAAACAAGUUUCUAUGAAGUUAAAACUCAGAUCGAACUAUCAAGAAUUAAUAUAUUUCGUCGACCUAAUAACGAACAAUGA